AUGCAAAUUGCAGGUAUUGAUAAUGAAGAUAAAGUAUUAGAAGAAUUGGCAGAAUAUAUUAGAAAAUCAGAAGAUUUUGCAAAAAAGCAUGUUUUGAGCCAAGUUGCAUGUAAGGUCUUAUCAAUUUCUGCAACUUCAGUUGCAAGAAGACCUAUAUUGGUUAAAAAUCUUCAAGAAACAUGUAAUAUUAGUUUAAAUAAUCAAGAAGAGGAAAGUCAAAGCAUUGUUGAUAAUGAAGAAAAAAGUCAAAACAUUGUUGAUAACGAAGAGGAAAGUCAAAGCAUUGUUGAUAACAAAGAGGAAAGUAGUCUUUUAAAUUUUCCUAUGAUAACUAUAUGA